UGUCAACAAAUAGCUGUCAAAUUUCCGGUUUUGAUAAUUCUGGUAUUACAUGCUUGUUUUAAUACAAAAAAAAAAAGAGAAAGAAAACAGAAUUUAGUGUUAAGGGAAACGUUAAAAACAGAUAAACUCCAUAUUUACUUUGCAUAAAGAUGGCAAAUUCACACUUCAGAUACUUAGCAAAGAAGCUUGCUGAUCGAAGACAUGAUCAGUAUCUUCUGGAUGCACAAGUGUUAACCCAGCAAAAACCUGUCGCUCUUCAUAAACUUGUACUUGCCAUAUUUUCAUCCCACAUUCGGGAGUCUAAUAAAAACAGCAGUGGACAGUGGGAGGUUUCAGCAGAUGGGUAUGGGGAAUCAGAUAUUGAGAAUCUGGUGGAAUUUCUGUAUGAUGGGGAUGUUGAAAUUGGAGUCAGGGUCACAGAAAUCAUAAAAUCACUGCAUCUUGACUUAUGUGUUGAUCAAAGAAUUCGUAAAAAGAAAGUUUCUAAAGGAGAGUCUGUACAAAAUGUUGUAAAUCUUGAGCUAAAAUAUUUGCGGAAUCUAGUUUUCGAGAUGGAAAUUCCAAAAUUAUUGAAAGACACUAGACUAUGUUCAGAUGUAACUAUUAGAAUAGGAACUAAACUGUAUGUCUGUCACAAAAUCAUGCUGGCUGCAAUGUCUUCUUAUUUCCAAGUAAUGUUCACUUCUGGAAUGAAAGAAGAAACUGACAAAGUGAUUACUGUGCAAGGGAUUGAACCUGAAACAUUUUCUACUGUGCUCAAUUAUAUAUACACUGGGAAGAAUCCACUGAACAUAUCUAAUGCACAAGAUCUGCUUUUGGCAGCAGUUUAUUUGCAAGUAGAAACCUUACAAAACUUGUGCGAAGAAUUCCUUUUAAUGCAAAUUGACACAAGUAACUGUGUUGAUAUCUGGAAACUUGGGACAGCAUACAACUGCUCAUUACUUGCUAAUGGAGCAUGGAAAUUUCUCGUUGAAAACUACAACAACAUAAACCAUUUAAAGCUACAAAGAAACAUGAAUGUCACAGAUGUUCAGAACCUACUGAGAGAAGAUAAUCUGAACAUAAAUGAUGAAAAAGAAGUAUUGCAAUUUGCACUUGGCUGGGUUUCAAACAAUGAUCAACCAGAAAAUCUUGGUAAAUUGUUGCUCGAGGUAAGACUGUCCUUGGUAGAUAGGACAUACUUAGAGGAAAUUUUAAAGAGUAAUAAACUUGUGAAAUCUCAAGUCGAAAGUCAGAAAUUGAUUCAGAAUGCUUUAAAAGAGAAAAAUACAAACACUUUGAAAGGGGAUUCAACUUGUAAUCCAAGAAAAGAAAAAGUUUUUGUUGUGUUAAAGAGAAGUUCAAUGUUGUCUGGCGUAGAGGUGGGGUGCUAUAGCCUAUUGCAGAAGAAAUGGUAUACAAUGGAACCAAACACUAAAUGUGCAGGUGGAACAGGGUUCUCUACUUGUUCAACAGAAGAUUCUAUUUACAUGUCAGGGGGGACCUCAAUUCCUUACAGUUUUUACAAAUUCUCCCUUUCUGAAAAUAAAUGGACCCAGCUUGCAGACAUGACAACAGGAAGACAUUCACAUGCAACUGGGUUUGUAGAUGGCGCUGUUUAUGUCCUUGGAGGUUCAGGUGUGUCUUCAGAAGCUUUCACUGUAUUGCAAAGUAUUGAAAAGUAUGAUAUUAAACAAACAUGUUGGACGAAAGUUGGAAACAUGGAAAUUCCGACCUAUGACUCCGCCUUUACAACAAUCAAGUCCAGAGUUUAUACUUUUGGUGGUUCAAUUGGCAGUUUAGCAGGAGUUUAUGUCAAGGACAUUCAGUGUUUUGAUACUAUCACCCAGACAUGCACAAAGUUGUAUCAUAAUCUUCCAUUCACCCUUAGUUUAGCGAUGGCAUGCAGUUCGAACAGAGACGUGUACAUAACAUGUCCAAAUGGCAAAAUGAUUCACUACAACGAGGACUCAGCCCCAAGCACUAUCAAUGAAACCAAAGGGUCUCAGCUUAUGGGUUUUGCUACUUUGUAUCAUCAAAAUGCCAUAUACAUCAUGGGUGGUUAUUCCAUGAUUGGAGAAACUGACGCCAUUCACAAAUUUGAUCUUAACACAAAAAAGCAAGUGAAAGUAUCACAGUUCAAACUGCCAUUCAAAAAGGAGACAAAUCAAUUAUUUGCAAGCUCAAUGCAUGUCAGUAGAAAGUUUCUAACUAAUGAGUAUAUGACAGUUGAGGAGUCCAUGAGAAAAAAUUACAGUCCAAGAUGGACAAAUGUGAGAAACUGAACUUAAAAAUACCAAGGUCCAAGGUUAUAAAACAGAGGUUGAAGACCAGUCUCUAAAUCCUGCCCUCCCAUUGGUUAAUUUGAAAAUUGUUAACAGAAUCAACCAAUCAAACUGGGUCUAUAACCUUGUGCCCUUGUCAUUCAGAGAAAAUUUAGAAGCUAAAUACAAAUAAAAAUUCCGGAUCCAAAUUAAUUUCAUUAUUAAACUAAUAAAGAUUCAGUUAAAAAGCUGUCAGUGCUUUCAUGAAAAUGUGUGCAAUAUUAUGUUUCUUCUUUUUUCAUCAGUAGAAAGCCAUUUACAACAAAUUUAAUCUAUUUUAAUUUAUUGUACUUAUCAUUACCAGGUAUUCAAUUCAUUGACUGAAUGAUUUGCCAAAUAUUUUCUGAUAUUGUAUUAAAUGUCAGAUAACAUCUUUUAUGUGGAAAGUUAUUGCUUAAUAAAAUGACUGUGCUUUUCUUUAAUCUGAGUAAAAUGGUAGACAUACGUAUCAAUGCAUUUCAUAAAAAUCUUAACUCCCCCUGUAAUGGUAUUAAACAAAAUACAAAUGUAUAUCCCAAGGUGAUCUACAGUACCUCAUCAAAUAUUCAAGACAUCAAUAGUACUGGUGUUUACAUAUUGUAUAGAGACAGCGUGCCAAAUUCAGCUUCAUUGAUUAAUUGACUAGACACGUAGUUACAAGAACUGUUCCAUUUAUCUGUAUAUUUUUCUGUAGGCAUGCCAGCCAUAUUUGAAAAACUGAUGAAUUAUAAGAUACUUAAUAAAUUAGUGUGUUUAUAAAAUUGUUAAACAAGUUUGUUUAUAUUUGACAAACCAGUGUGUUUAUAUUUCAUAACAGAAUAUUUAAUAAACCAGUGUGUUUAUUAUGACAUUUGAUAAACAAAUGUGCUUUUAAGCCAUUUCAUAAAUCAGUGUGUUUAUAAAAUAUUUAAUAAACCGGCUGUUUGUUACAUAUUUGAUAACAAGUGUGACCUUGACCUUAGACCUAGGGACCCAAUUUUUGUGCAUGACACUCUGUCUCAUGAUUGUGAACAAUUGUGCCAAGUUACAUCAAAAUCCCUCCAUUGCUCCGGACAAAGUUGUCAUUCUUGUAUCUGACCUUUGACCUAUUAGUGUGACCUUGACCUUAGACCUGGACCUUGCGUAUGACACUCUGUCUCAUGAUGGUGAACAAUUGUGCCAAGUUACAUCAAAAUCCCUCUGUGCAUGAAGAUAAAUGCUUCAGACAGUCAUUCUUCAAUUUGACCUUUGACCUCUAAGUGUGACUUUUGACCUUAGACCUAGGAACUGGUUCUUGAGCAUGACACUCCAUCUCAUGGUGGUGAACAUUUGUGUUAAGUUACAUCAAAAUCCCUCAGGCCUCUAUGCCUGAAGAAGAAAUGCUCCAGACAGUCAUUCUUGUAUCUGACCUUUGGCCUCCAAGUGUGACCUUGACCUUAGACCUAGAGACCUGUUCCUUGUGCAAUACACUCCGUCUCAUAAUGGUAAACAUUUGUGCCAAGUUACAUCAAAAUCCCUCCAUGCAUGAAGAAGAAAUGCUCUGGACAAAGUUUGUGGAUGCUGUCUGCCCGGAAAGGGCGUUCCCAUAAUAUGUCCCGUCUUUCAGACAGGCGUAUAAAAACCACUAGGCUUUAUAACCCUUUGUAGCAAUUUUUCAUUAAUUAACAUAAACAUAUUUCUUGAGGUUCCAUCAACAAGGUCCAUAGUUGUAAAUCUGGGUUUUCAGACCUGUCUUUGAAUUAAGCCUUGCCAAUGAUCUGGACAUGCACUCAACAGUCACAAUGACAUCUAAUUAAAUGUAGCUAAACACUUGUGUAAAAGUUAAGUUUCCCUGAACCAAGACAACUUUCAAUGAGAAACUGUUCAUAAUCACUGAGUCUAUGUAUUUUGUAUGAUUAUUUCUUUUGCAGGCAAGAGGAGGACGAUUACAUUGAAAUGACAACAGCUUCAUUUUUUGACUUGCACUGCAUAUUACAUCAUGCAGAUACAAUUUAGUCAUACUUAUGUUAGCUAUAGCUUUAAUGGCGGAGAAUGAGGCCCCUCCGUACAUUUUUUUUCAGUCAGGGGCAGGCAUCUGGGUAGAACCACUGACCCCUUUGUCAAGCCAGUUGGCUGACAUCCUAACAUGAUGACCUGAGCAUGCUCAAAUUCACCAUGGUGUGGGGGCAUGAGAUUCAAAGUCAGCCACUAACUACUCUGCAAUGGUGUUCCCUUGAAAUGAAAAAAGAACCAACUUACAGUGCACACAUGUAAAU